ACCCAUGAGUGCCAUAAUGUCAAAUGGUCUACAGUCAAACGUUUUAAAGCAUUUUAAACCAUGCAUAUAUGCCCAUAUUGCUUAGAUGGCAUAUAUGCCUAUAUGCUAUAAGUGACAUUCACCAUCGACAGAGAAAAACACUUAUGACCAAUUCUGAUGGGGAGGGGGAGAAAAUCCUUAUCGGAUUUGAGAGAAAAUUGGUGGCAAUUAAUCCUUUGGGAUUGAAAAAGGGAAACGCCUCCUGGAUUGACGGGUGCCACAUUUCAUCUCUGAUUGGACGUUGGUGGGUUAUCCCCGGGAGACGACAGGGAUAAAUUGUCCCUCCUUAUGGUGUCUCCCGCCUCAUCCUCCCAAACUGCAGGAGAAAGAGAAAGUAGCGCUUUAAAAAUGUCAAACAUGACUGGAAGAGAUGAUGGUGCAGAGGAGAAACCCAAAGUCAAAAUGCUGUCUCCAGCUUUUGGAAUUGAUAAAUCACGACUUCAUGGAUCUGGAUUCAGGUCUAAAGGCUUUGCCAUAACCGAUUUGUUGGGUCUUGAAUCUGAUCUCCAGUCUCGCCCAUCUGGACCUGGAUUAAGUGCGAAUGGAGAUGUUCAGAGCGCGGGGAUCGGGGGAUUCCAUUUCACUGGAGGAUCAUUGCCGCUUGGUUUGGGGUUCUUGUGCAGUUUGGCGGCUCAACAGCCUCCGGGGGCGCCGUGCUUUCUGCCUAAUCACCUUCCCCUCCUUCAGUCCCGGUCGGAUACCCAUUUCAUGCAGAAUUUGGAGCAACAAAGAGUUGCUUACUCUGAUGAUGAAUGUCUUUCUGGUGAUCGAAACGACUCGAAAAACUCUAUUAACUCGCAGAAGAGAAAGAAAAGGAGGCACAGAACCGUGUUUACUUCCCAUCAACUUGAGGAGCUCGAGAAGGCCUUCCAUGAAGCACAUUAUCCAGACGUUUAUGCAAGGGAAAUGUUAGCAAUGAAAACAGAGUUGCCAGAAGACAGAAUACAGGUUUGGUUCCAAAACCGUCGCGCCAAGUGGAGGAAACGUGAGAAGUGUUGGGGUCGUAGCAGUGUAAUGGCCGAGUACGGACUCUACGGGGCAAUGGUCCGCCACUCAAUCCCUCUGCCAGAAUCGAUCAUCAACUCCGCCAAGAGCGGAAUGAUGGGUUCCUGUGCUCCCUGGCUUCUAGGCAUGCACAAGAAGUCCAUGGAAAUUGUGAAACAGUCCCCAGGAUCGCCCGAAUCAUCUCACUCAGAAUCUUACGCAGAGGAAUCAAAAGGAAAUGACAGCGACAUGGCUUGGGCAAACCGCGCCAGUGCUGCAGACGACAAUGAGGACAUGGCAAUUGACCUAUCGAGCACUUCCAAGCAGGACAGCAAGAACACUUCGAAGUCAUCACCGCCACCUCAAAGAGAAACAAACAGUGAUUCAGACGAAAGCUAA